CUUCGGCUCUCGCGGGCGUCCGGCGCGGGAUUGUAACUACCUGGCGGCGGGAGAAGUAGCUCUCGAGCCAAGGGACGUGCGACUACCCUCGGGUGGUCAUGGAGGCGCGGCGGCCGCCGCUACCCGCGACGACUUCGGCCCCUGGCCGGAGCCGAAAGCUGCUGCUGCUGCCGCUGCUGCUGUUCCUGCUGCCGGCCAAAGCUCUACGGGGCUUGGACGCGGAGGAGAGGCCCCGAACCCGCGAAGAGGAGUGCCACUUCUACGCGGGUGGACAAGUGUACCCGGGGGAGGCGUCCCGGGUUUCGGUCGCCGACCACUCCCUGCACCUCAGCAAAGCCAAGAUUUCCAAGCCAGCACCUUAUUGGGAAGGAACAGCUGUGAUAAAUGGAGAAUUUAAGGAGCUGAAGUUAACUGAUUAUCGUGGGAAAUACCUGGUUUUUUUCUUCUACCCACUUGAUUUCACUUUUGUGUGUCCAACUGAAAUCAUCGCCUUUGGUGAUAGAAUUGAGGAAUUCAGAUCGAUAAAUACUGAAGUGGUAGCAUGCUCUGUUGAUUCACAGUUUACCCAUUUGGCCUGGAUUAAUACCCCUCGAAGACAAGGAGGACUUGGGCCGAUAAGCAUUCCACUUCUUUCAGAUUUGAACCAUCAGAUCUCAAAGGACUAUGGCGUAUAUCUGGAAGACUCGGGCCACACUCUUAGAGGUCUCUUCAUUAUUGAUGACAAAGGAAUCCUAAGACAGAUUACUCUGAAUGACCUUCCUGUGGGUAGAUCUGUGGAUGAGACACUGCGUUUGGUUCAAGCAUUCCAGUACACCGACAAACAUGGAGAAGUCUGCCCUGCAGGAUGGAAACCUGGUAGUGAAACAGUAAGUCAAAUUGAUUUUUCUGUUAAGAGGAUGGCUGGGGCAAAAAAAAAAACCAAAAAGCCAACCCUAGGAUAAUCUUUCCUUGUAAAAGAACUCCCUUGAUUUUGUAAAUGAAGUAAACACUGCUAGGCAGAACUCAUAAGACUAGACAUUCUUUGGACUGUACGGAGAGUAGCUGCAACUGGGAAAGCAGAAUAUGGGCCCUGACGCUGUGAAUUUUAAAGCCAAGUAUACAGAGAAAGAUACCAUUAAAAAAGGGGAGGGCGACAGUGGAGACGUGGUAGAAUCAAUUCAGGGCAAAGAAGACAGUCACAAGCAAAACCCUCAGUGUAUAUUAAAAGCUUUUAAGAAAAUCUGGCUUACUGGGGGCAGACACCAAAAACAAUGGGAACUACGAACCUGCAGCCUGUGAAAAGGAGAC